AUGGUUAUUGCAGAACGUCUUGAAAAGGAAAGGGAACGCGAAGAAAAAGAGAAGCUUCGUAGAGAAAAAGAACGCAAAAGGGAGGAGGAACGCCUUGAAAAGGGAAGGGAGCGUGAAGAGAAGGAAAAGCUUCGCAAGGAAAAAGAAGAGGAGCGACGGAAAAAAGAGGACGAAAAACGGCGCGAACAAAAAGAGGAAGAGGCUAAAAAGCAAAAAGCAAAACAGGCUUUCAAGUCAUUCUUCGUCGUCAAGACGAUACCGAAUAAAAGUCUUCCAGGUGGAGGCGGCGCAGACGCUGGUUCUUCCGGUGGCCCGGAAGACCCCAGUGAUGGAACUAAAAUAGGGGCAGACGAUGGUACCAUUGGUGGGAUCGCUUUUUAUAAUGGUAGUACUUUUGCUGUCGGCGCCGCUUGUUCCGGAUCGAAUGGAAGUCUAGGAAAGUUUAAGCCAUUCCAGCUAAAGAAAGACAUGGCGCUAGCAGCAAUCGUACCACCUGCUGCCAGAGCUAGGUUCGACCGAAAUAAGAUCGAUGAGAUUAUAGGGCGCCAGCUUCGUGAACAAGGUGAAAAACAGUCAGAUGGCAAAGCAGCCGAUGCUACAGUAGAUAACAAUGUGAAUUCGAUAAAGAAAGCCGAUACUCAGAACGAGUCGACGAUGCUGUACCUCGACGUGCUCAAGAAGACUAACUAUCGCCCGCUGAAGGCUGAAAAGAGAAAAAUUCAUCGAGAGAGAGAAGAUACGGAUUGUUUCGUCGUGGGAACUGAAAAUCUGAUAAAUGAUCAGGAAUCGACAUCUGGUGGUAGGGUACGGGCAAAAUUUCUACAGUUUGUAGAAAAUUACCGCCCAGCUUACUACGGCACUUGGAGAAAAACAUGUCCACAGAUUACUGGACGACGCCCGUUCAAUAAGUUUGAGGAUUUUGACUAUUCCAUUGACUCAGAUGACGAAUGGGAAGAUGUAGAAGGUGAAGUUGAGUCCAUUGUUGGCACCGACGACGAAAAGGACAAAGAAGAAAAUGUUGAGGACGAUUAUGAAGAGGAUGACUUCUUUGUUCCUCACGGGUAUCUUAGUGAGAGUGAGGAAGAAGAGAGCGACGACCAGCCGCUUGACCCGGCAGCUCUGAAAGCACGAAUAGCGGCUCGUCAGGAGGAGUUUAGAGCGGAGCGAAAGGCAGGUUUUCAGGCAAAGAAGAUGGUUGCUGUUUGUGCUGUUUCAAGGAAAGGACAUAACCUUGAAGCUGAAUAUCAAGUGCUUCAACAAUUCAAGGCCGUGCUUCUGGUUGCCUCUCAGGACCACCCCCUCAAACCGAGUUGGGAACAAGAACCAGAAAUCAUCAAUACACCAAAGAGCAGCAAAGACCACCUUGAACCAAAAAUGCUAACUGAUGAAGCCCUAAAAGUUUUCUGUGAGACGGCUCAUGGCUUCCAAAGUGGUGUGCGCCAGCUGUAUGAAGAAUUCUACAAGAAGUGGCGAUCUGUGAGUGACGUUAAAAUUGGUUUGAAGAGCCUAAAGCUUACUUUAACAGGGACCUGUAAGAAGUCGAAGAACAACAGGCUUGUUGUCAAUAAGGAUUGGGUCGAAAAGUUUGGCUUGAAGGAGCUCGACAACGAUACCCCCAAAGAAGGAACGCCCAGUUUCUCAGCAAAACUACUUCCUGAUGAGGUUCUUCCUGAUCUUAUCAAAGUUGCGCACGGUACUUCCAGCACCAGCCAGGUAAUAACGGAAUUCCUCAAUAAGAUGAAGGAUUUGAAAUUUGGUAAAGCGCAAGUUAAGCGCACAUUGCGCACAAUCGCUGUUUUCGAUCACGUGCAUAGUUGUUGGCUGGUUAGGCUCGAACUCCUCAAAAUGCAUAACCUGGAGGAGCUUAUCAAGAAGAUUAAGGCAGAAGAAAAGCCAGCUAAGGAUAAGAAAGACAUUCACAAAAAAGAUACAAAAGAGGUUGUUGAGGAAGAGAGGACAGCAGGACCAGGACGAAAUAAUAAAGAUCAGAUCGCAAAGAACGGCUUUAGCCACGAUUCUAACAGUAAAGACUCAUUCACGAAUGACACGAAAAGCAAAGAGAACAUGCCAAAGGGAUCAACUUCAAAAAGUUUGUCUAUCAAAAAGUUCUUCAGCAGUUCGUCAAAGGGCAAUGGCACUCUUUCAAACAGCAGUCUAACGACACCUACUACCGAGGGCACGCCUAAGGUAAAAAAGCGUAUUCAAUUAACGACGCUAUCGAGAACAGUAACAAUGAAACAAGACUACAAGUCUCGACCUGUGCUUAACCCUGAGGAAGUGAUGGUGAUCGACGAAGACGAAUAGUUUAGGUGAUCUUGGAUCAAACGGAUUACCAUAGCGUAUGCACGGUUUUUUAUUUUGUUAAUUUCCAAUUCGAAGAUUGUUCAUUUCGUCUAUAUACAAAUCACAAAAAUGUUGCUACGGAAUUGCUGCAUUUUCUAGUGAAUCAGAAGUCAGGAAAGAGUAAAUUAUGAAACAUUAAAGGGGUGUCUAUAUAUGGUGAUUCGGAACAUUGUGAUGGUAUUGGUGGUGGAUAUCCAAUGCUAAGUUAGUACUUUUUUCUUUAUUUGUCUUUAGAUAGAAUAAUCAAAGCGUGUAUACGGGAUAAAAGCACGUUUAAUGAUAUCUCCUUUUUAGGUUUCCUUUAUAUCGUUAUAGCCUAUAGUUUUGAUUCUUGGAUUACGUGGCGUAUAUAUAGCUGCUUUCAUGAGUAGCACGAAUCUAUAUAAGGGCAAUAAUUUUCUUGAUGAAUUUGAUAUCGGUGAUUUAGAGGGUAUAUCGAUUAUAAAAAGAAAUGAAAAACAAAAUGAACAACUAAUAAUAUUGGCAGUAAUAUUUCCAAAAAUAAAAGUCAUUAAUUCAUUAUUAUUCACACUAGAUUACAGAAGGAGGCUGCACAAAACUGUAGUAUAAUCAAUUAUCAGAGGCAAAGAAAAAUAAAACAAAAACGAUACCUGUGUAUUUUAUAAAGUCAACUAGCAACAUUUAAUUUUUAUUUCAAACUAUGUGGUGCCUACUAGGUGGUGUGGUGCCUAGAUAUGUAGAGACGAACUGUACAAAUGCUCAGGCGAUUUAUAACCUUGACGUGUCCUUAGUUCAAGCUUGACAAUCGAGGUCGGAUAAAACGGUUUGCCAUUGGCUGAUUCCAAUGCAAGUAUAUUCUAUAUAAGUGCACGUUGUACAAACAUUUUAUGAAUCCUUAACGUAUUAUCUCUAUGACUUUAAACUAAAAAGAUAUUACGGGGUAGUAGAAGCUUAUUCAGACUUGCCCAGUCAAUGUGCGGACCGCCACUCAAAAUACAUCGAAAAUUCCAAGCCCAUUAGUGUGAUGACCAUGUCGUCGCAAACCGCCAAGGGAUUUGGAUAGUCUUAAAUUUAGAUGUUCGACGUUUUGCAAUAAUAGAAUCGAAUUUUGGUUAGUAACAUGCACGGCCAUGACUUACAAUUAUUUUAUAUACUAUAUAGUGUAGAAUCGCAAUAAUGAGUAAUCCCGCAUUCGCUUUCGCACUAACCUGUAACGUAAAGACGAGAACGCGCCCAAGUGAUAGUUUCGAUUGUAAUUUUUCUCCCGCACUACCCUGAACCAGAAUUCGAUCAUCGAUGAUGCACAUCCCCAAGAGUAGCUGUACCCAUAAGGGCUAGCGGAUACCAAAAUCUCAAUGUCAUUGACAGCGGCAGAACAUACAACACGUUUAGCCAGAGAUUUCGUACGGCGUAAUGGCAUAACAAAUCGGCAAGACGUGGCUAGUGGCUAUGGCCGUAGCUAGUUCAACAAACAGUCCCUUUUUCGCGGCUCUCCGCACAUAGGGAGCACAGGCAUCAUGGGCUCAUAUCUCACUAAUGCAGCAAACCGGAUAGCCAAUAACCGAUAAAAAGAAGCAUGCCAUAUAUAAUAGUACUUCAUAUCGAACCUGACACCUUGCAACGUAAGCUUCCACUUACUCUUCGCGGCUUUCGGCGUGUGAUUAACGUAGUUGUGCUUAGACUAGCGGUUUGUAGACGCUUCAUGCAAAGGCAUUUCAUUCUCAGAAUAUAGCCAUUUAAUCGUGGAGUAGCGAUCUUAAAAUCUCGCAGCUUAGAAAUCUAUAAAAGAUCAGGCCAGUUAAGCCCAUCUAUAAAAUCUAAAAAUCUAUCGGUAUUUCUUUUCAAAAUUUCUAUGUAAAUGCAAACGAGGACAUAUUGGAUAGGUUUUACUAGUACAUGCUUGGUUCAAAAUUUAUAUUAUGAGUAUUCAUAGUUAAUUCAAAUUUCAACAAUAGUAGGUUGCUAAAAAGCAUUUGAGUUAAAAAAGCACAAGAAAUGAAGAAAAAUGUAUCCACAAAAACUUCCUAACACGGUUCCAUGUUAGUCAGUUUAUAAGUCCUGCGGUGCAAUUAAAUUAUUAAACUUGUUACCAUUCCUGAUGCUUUUCAAACGGGAUCUGAAACCUCAAGUCAUUUAAUAAUUAUUUUAACUUAAGCGACUAAUUAUUUAAAUACCUACGCUCUAGAAUAGAUAUUUUCCAAAAUAAUUUCUUUUACCCUUGUCCAAGGUUCGACCGUUGCUAUAUCUAUGUGUAUUCACCAUUCAAAUUUACCCGCACCUUAGUCGGUAGCUUUUUUCGUUUUUAAUACGAGACAUUUGUUAAUUUAUUACUGGGAAAAGGGUAAGAGCUAUAUAUCCAACUGCAAUAAUGGUUAUUUCGUUGAAGUUGUCUCUUCGCCUAACAUACGAUUGCCAUGGCAUACCUAAGUCGCUGCGGGGUCCCAUCUGUAGAUUAAAAUUGGAACGAAACCCUCUAGUUUUUUACCGAAACAGGAAUAGGUACUGAUCCAUAAGUAUACUUAUUUUAGUUCGUUUGUUGGCUGGACUGGCACAUGAAUUCGUUUACAGCAUCUGUUGAAAAUUUAAUAGUAUGUGCUACAUGGAAAAAUAAAUAAAAGCAUAAGCGAACGCACGCUAAAUAGUCAUGUUUUGAAUUAAUAGGUAUUUAUUCAAUAACAUUUUAUUAUAUUCCAAAACAGAAAAAAAAUUCAUAUCCAGGUGUUUAGCAACGGAAAAGCCAGAACAUCGAUAUUUCUGUAUCCCAUGCUAUUUGUGUGGACCCUGGACAUAGCUCUACGUGUAAAUAAACGAAAGAAGCCCGUUUGAAAAGCAUAUUCAAAGAACAAGGUCCUAGAAAGAAUGGUAUAUUGUCUUUGCGAAAGCUUGUAUUGUAUAACGAUAAAAUUCUGUUAUCGAAAUUGUAUUAACAUAACUUUAUCUUAAUUUAAUAUAACGCUAAUAAAUCGAUAUGUAUUAGUCAAGCGAAGUUAUUGAAUCCCUUGAUAUCACAACCGUCAUACUGACGCUGAGCGAACCCGUGACUAGAAAAACUGGCUGAGUGUUUUAAGUUAUGAGCCGGUACCGUCUAAAAGUAGGCUAAAUCAACAGAAGAAAACGUUUACUGAAAUUAUUGAAUCAGCUAAUUCGCUAACUAAAAUACGUACCUAAACAAGAAAUCGA